GCGAGUACGUUCACCAGGCGGAUGUCUCGUUCUACAUGGUCUGUCGUAGUUUUGACCGGGAGAAGUUCGAGAUGCACAACUGGGAGGCGAAGCUCCAGAGAGCUUACGACGAGAUCACCAACUGCCAGGAUUCCAGUGUGGUGUUGACAUCUCCAACCUUUCCCAAGCUCGCCAUGGGUGAAAGCAGAGUGAUUUCAUUAUCUUUCACCUGCCAAGCAGAGACCUUCUUGGGACAGGAGGUGCGUGUCGUAGGUUCCACAGAGGACUUCGGCCACUGGAACCCGGCCCUGGCGCCGGCACUCAAAACGGACGCUUCGGCAUACCCGAAGUGGUUCGGCAACGUUGACUGCCGGGCAUGCCGCAGCGAGUACAAGUUCGUACUCUUCGACACCCGAGAUGGCCGAACGACCUGGGAACCUGGCAUUAAUAGAUGUUUCAGUUUCUCGUUUGACGGCCAUGCCCAGACAAGGGGUCGGGCAGAGCUCCAUACGUCCCGCUUCGGGGUCGCCGACAAUACCGGCCCUCGCAUUGAGGAAAGUAGCUGGAACAUGAGCGAGUCUAAAGUUGCUCUGACCGAGCAUGCAAUUCCAGCCGACAUGCGCAAGAUGGAACAUGAAGAAGUCCAGUUCGACGUAAUCUGCAACGAGACGGCAGUGGGAGAGACCGUCGUCGUCGUUGGAUGCUGCAAAGAGCUCGGGAGUUGGAAUCCCAUGGACGCCCUCAGAUUGUCCACGUCUCCCGAGAUCUUCCCUCGUUGGAAGGGGACGGCUCAUCUGGCCAGAGGCGCAUAUGAAUUGAAACUGGCAAUCAUCAGCCAGAACUCUGCAAGAUGGGAGACAUCCGAGAAUGGGCAUAUUGCCCUUCCUGCUGGCGAAGACGGCCCCUGGCAGGCCCGCAGUUCGUGGAACAGCAACCUCUGGGAAAUGCAUCCACGCCGGAGCAAAGACAAGGAAAGUGAUGAUAAAGAUCUGGCAGAAAGGUACUCAGGUCUCUGUGACCAGGAGCUGAUGCGACGUUCGGAUGGAGUCGUCCUUCCAGAAGCUCCAAUGCCCCCUGCAGGGACAGAGCUCGUCGAUGAACCCAAGUUGCGUCUGUGGGCUGGAGCGCAUUCCAUCUCGAAGGCCCACGGCAACUGCGAAGAUGCGUACUUCGUGACUGCACACAGCAUGGGAGUUGCAGACGGGGUAGGUUGCUUCGCUGCGGCUAAAUACUCAAUGCACGGCGUCAACGCGGCAGAGUAUGCCGCGGAGCUGAUGCACAUCGCCAGCCUGGCUCUGCAGCCCGAAGGCAGGGCCUCAGAAAACUUGGACCACAAAGUUGCACAGCGUGCUGCCAUAGCAUUGGCAGAAGCCGAGUCCAAAGCUGUGGGUUUCGGAGCAUCUACGAUUACAGUGAUGUGCCAGCAAGACACGCAGAUUGGCAUUGCCAAUCUCGGCGAUUCUGGAGUCAUGGUGCUGCGAAGAGGGCUGCACGGCAUGAAAGUGAUCAUGAAGUCGGACGAGCAGCAGCACGGUUUUAACUGCCCGUAUCAGCUUACUCGCUUGCCCGAGGCGCUGUUAAGCCGCAUCUCGCAGAAGCGGCUCGAUGCAGCCGACACAGCUGCCGAUUGCAAGACUUACACGGUGGAGAUCAAGGAAGGGGACCUGCUGCUAAUGUUUUCGGAUGGUUUAUCCGACAACUUGCACAUUGAGGAGCUCCUCGCUAUUGUGGACAGGGCAUCGCCAGCUCAAGCAGACAUGCUGGGGCUUAUGGACCCGGAGAGCGUGGCAAAGGCCCUUGCUUUGGCCGCCCAGGACAGAUCCCUUGACCCUGAAGCCGUGGUGCCAUUCACAGCAGCCGCAAGGCGCCACGGUUUCAACUGCAAGGGGGGGAAGGAAGACGACAUCACCGUCGCAGCGGCAUGGGUGGUCAAGGAUAUGCACACAGCAGAGACAGCCACAGAGGCACCUCGCGAAGAGAGCCCUUCCCAGCGGCACACACCGGAGCUUGCGCUCACACUUUUCGAGUCGAAAAGACGCACUCGAGAUGGGGCUGGCGACGCCGGUCCAAAGGGGCCACUACUCUUCCCACUGAGCCCCUCAAAGGCCGUUUUUUAG